AUGGCUCAAAAACGAAAACGUUCUGCUUCUCGGGCAUCUGGGACAAAAUCGAAGAAAAAAUCGAAUGUUGGCUCAGCGACUACAAAUUCAUAUGAUAAAGAAGAAGUUCAUCCAAUUCAAAAGCCAACAAAAAGAAAAGGUAGUCAAAAAGUUGAACAUGCAGUUGGUGAAACAAUUGAAUAUGAUCCAGUUCAUAAAGGUUCAUCAAGACGUGCACGAGGAAAAGUAACAAAAGUAUUAACAGGAGCAAAGAAAUCAGAUCCAACAACUUCAGAAGACACGGCUGCAGUAGCAGCGCAAACAGAUCUGGAGCAUGGUGGAGACGGGGUAAAUUGGAGUAAAUCAGAGCAAAAUUUUUUGAAAGUAUGGGGGAUUGCCUCCGGUCGCCCCGCCACUGCACAGCUGACAUGUGUAAAUACUCAAUCUUGA